ACUUCCUCCACAAUCUGCAUUCACACGUGACCUCCCGGCGUCUACACUCCAGUUUUUUCCGUGUCUCCACCCCAGCCCCAGGCCUGACGGUAGGAGUUGGAACCGCGGGACAGCCAGUCUCCUAGCCCCGUGGCCAUCCGUCGCGAUGGCGCUGCGGAGCGCGCUCCUCUGCUGCCUCCUGGUCGCCUGGCACGGCCGACCCGGCCUGGGCUUUCGGAGUCCCGCUGCGGCGGUGGGACAGUUUUGGCAUGUGACUGAUUUACACCUAGACCCUACUUAUCACCUCACAGAUGACCUUAGACAAGUGUGUGUUACAUCCAAAGGAGCCAAAGCUUCUAAUCCUGGAGUUUUUGGAGAUGUUCUGUGUGAUUCUCCAUAUAUGCUUAUUUUAUCUGCAUUUAAGUUUAUUAAAAAUUUUGGACAAGAUACAUCUUUUAUGAUCUGGACAGGGGACAGUCCACCUCAUGUUCCAGUACGUCUUCUAUCAACAGACAUUGUUAUAAAUGUAAUUGCUAACAUGACGGCCAUAAUUCAGGAUCUCUUUCCAAAGCUUCAGGUUUUCCCUGCACUUGGGAAUCAUGACUAUUGGCCACAGGAUCAGCUGCCUAUUAACACCAGCAGGGUGUAUGAAGCAGUAGCAAACUUCUGGAAACCAUGGUUGAAUGAAGAUGCUAUUGCUACUUUUACGAAAGGUGGCUUUUACUCACAGAAAGUGGCUCCUGAUCAGAACCUUAGGAUCAUCAGUCUAAACACAAAUUUGUACUACAGCCCAAAUACUGUGACUCGGAAUAUGACUGAUCCAGCAAAUCAACUUGAAUGGCUCGAAAACACACUAAACAUCUCUCAGCAAAAUAAUGAGAAGGUGUACAUAAUAGCCCAUGUUCCAGUGGGGUAUCUGCCCUAUUCGAAGAGUACCACAGCAAUGAGAGAAUUCUAUAAUGAAAAGUUGAUAGAGAUUUUUAGAAAAUACAGUGAUGUCAUUGCAGGACAAUUUUAUGGGCACACUCACAGAGAUUCCAUUAUGAUUCUUUCAGAUAAGAAAGGAAAUCCAGUAAAUUCUUUAUUUGUGGCUCCUGCUGUUACCCCAAUGAAGAGUGUUUCAGAAAAACAAACUAAUAAUCCUGGUAUCAGGCUAUUUCAGUAUGAUCCUCAUGAUUAUAAAUUAUUGGAUAUGCUACAGUAUUAUUUGAACUUGACAGAUGCUAAUCUAAAGGGAGAUGCAAACUGGAAGUUGGAGUAUAAUCUGACCAAUACAUAUGGCAUUGAAGAUUUGCAGCCCAAAAGUUUGUAUGGAUUAGCUAAACAAUUUGCAAUCAAAAACAGUACACAGUUUAUGAAGUACUACAAUUAUUUCUUUGUGAGUUUUGACAAAAUUGGAAUUUGUAAAGGCAAAUGUAAAACCCUUCAAGUUUGUUCAAUUAUGAAUCUUGAUCAUGCUUCUUACUUAGAUUGUAUCAAAAAACAUUAUAUAAGGUACAAUGCAUAAAAUUUUACCUUUUGUGUUAAAACAAAUUGAAUCAUUGUUCAAUUGCUGAGCUUAGU